AUGCGGCCGCCGGGAGAAUGCGAAACACGUGGGUGUGUGCGUGUGCCACAUAACUCAGUAAAUUGCUAUCGAACUCCUGUUCGGUUCGGAUUCCACGCAUUCCUGCGGUUCAACCUACGAUGCAUAAAUAAGGAUUGUUUGAAAUGCGGUGCAACAGCAAAAGGUGCGGAGGAGGUGGUGAGAGAGGAGACACUUGCAGAGAAAGUAUCUACAAUUGAGAGCUCAUCGUUGGACGAAAAUAAAACUACCAGGAAAUUUUAG